AUGGCUGACAAAACUCUCGAAAAACCAACGACGUACAUCCGCCAUGCGAGAAACACAUCUCAUCCCUAUAACCGCUCUUCAAAUAUACAACUUGCCACUCCACCAGAGACUCCACCCCGCCAGAAGCAACGUCCUUGCGCGUCUGUGAAGAGGGAGGAAGUGAAGAAAGUGAAAGAGGGGAAGGAGGAACAACUUGAUCUCCCUCUUCAGCGCGCUGAUGCCACUCCCGGUAUGGAGGAAGUAAAGAAAGUGAAAGAGGAGAAGGAUGAACAGCUCGAUCUCCCUCUUCAGUGGGCUGAAUUCAUUCCCAUUAUGAAUGAAUUAGAGCGCCAAAAGAUCAAGUUGGACGAAAUCACCGAAUUCUUGCAAGAACAGGUGGGGAUACUGCAUUGCGGCCUGUGUGAAAAGGUCUUUCGAGACCCGUAUGCGUUGGACUGCGGCACCAGACUACGUGUCCGAGCCCCUCGUAUGCCCCGACAAGAAGUGUCAGUCAAAAAUAUUGUUUGGCCCAUGGGUUUCUCGGUCGCUGACUUGCUGGGGAAGGAGUUGCCGGUUCUGAGAGGACCAGAGACUUAUUAUGAUCUGAUCUGGGUUGGAAAGACGGAAAUACUGUGGAAAUUAGAUUUCCUCAAGUUCAAGAGGACGCUGUACUUUCGUCGUAGGGCAUUGCAAAAGAUCAGGGACUACGACGCUUCGCUCCUGUAA